AUGGAGGACAGUGACCAUGAGGUGCACUCAUCAGACGAGCAUAACUCCUGCCCUGCCUCCCCUAAACACAGCAUACCAGACCAUGUCCCUGAACAGCAUUCGGACCAUUCAGACGACUCCGAGGUGGAGAGCUUUAUGCAAGACCCUCACCACCAAGGAGAGCACGACCACCAUGACCACAAUGACCACAAUGACCACAAGCAGCACCUCCAUCACGACCACGAGCCUCACGAUGCAGGCAGGGAGGCUGAGGGCGAAGACCGCCCCCACACCCCUUCAUAUUUACGUCCCCCUGUGGCGGGCAGGGCUCAGUCGGAUUCAGGUUCAGAGCCCUGUAUCCCAAAGAGCAAAAGUGUGGCGUUUGACUUGCCGUGCCCCGUCAGCCCCCCCAGACCCAAGAGUCCCUGGGCUCGAUAUGACCCGUACGACAGUAAUAAGGACCAGGACAAGGAAUACGUGGGCUUUGCGACGCUGCCAAACCAGGUGCACCGUAAGUCAGUAAAGAAGGGGUUCGACUUCACGCUCAUGGUGGCAGGGGAGUCUGGCCUGGGAAAGUCCACCCUGGUCAACAGCCUCUUUCUCACAGAUCUUUACAAAGAUAGGAAGCUGCUCAAUGCUGAAGAGCGAAUAACACAAACAGUAGAAAUCACCAAACACACAGUGGAUAUAGAAGAGAAAGGUGUCAAACUGAAGCUCACCAUCGUCGACACACCCGGGUUUGGGGAUGCUGUAAACAACACUGAAUGCUGGAAGUCCGUGGCGGACUACAUCGACCAGCAGUUUGAGCAGUACUUCAGGGACGAGAGUGGCCUCAACCGGAAGAACAUCCAGGACAACCGCGUACACUGCUGCCUCUACUUUAUCUCACCCUUCGGUCAUGGCCUCAGAGGCCUUUGGAUGUGAGUUUAUUGAAAGCUCUACAUGAGAAAGUUAACCAUCGUCCCCAUUCCUGGCAAAAGCACAGACACACUCACCCCUAAUGAGGUCAAGAAAAAGAAAAUCAAGAUCCGAGAGGAGAUCGAGCAGUACGGCAUCAAGAUCUACCAAGUUUCCCCGACUGUGACUCUGACGAGGACGAGGACUUUCAAGCAGCAGGGACCAUCAGCUGAAGGUGA